AUGGAGCAGGCCAUGCCCUCCCUGCCAGCCACAUGCCUCCUGGCCCAGGCGGCCAUUGCCUGUGGCAAUGCCAAGAUGAAACACAUCCCUGCCCUGACCGACCCUGGCCUGACCACACUCUACCUGGCAGAGAAUGAAAUUGCCAAGAUCCCAGCCCACACGUUCCUGGGACUGCCCAACCUGGAGUGGCUGGACCUGAGCAAGAACAAGCUGGAUGCCCGAGGCCUGCACCCUGGUGCCUUUAAGAAUCUGACGCGGCUAAAGCGGCUGAACCUGGAUGGAAACCGGCUGUCCACAGUGCCGGCCCUGCCCGCCUCCCUGCAGGAGCUCAAGCUCAACGACAACCACCUGCAGGGCCUGCAGCACAGCAGCUUCCGGGGGCUCAGCAAGCUGCUAACGCUGGAGGUGGAAGGGAACCAGCUGCAUGAUGGGAACAUCUCCCCCCUGGCUUUCCGGCCCUUGGGCAGCUUGCUGUACCUGAGGCUGGACCGGAACCGGCUGCGGACCAUCCCACCCGGCCUGCCAGCCUCCCUGCAGGAGCUGCACCUGGGUGCCAACGUCAUCGAGGAGGUGACAGAGCGCACGCUGAACCGCAGCUGCAGCCUCAGUGUGCUGGUGCUCAGCAACAACCGGCUCCAGGAGGACCGGCUGGCGCCCCGAGCUUGGAUCGAUCUCCCGAAGCUGGAGACCCUCGACCUGUCCCACAACCGACUCGUGCACGUCCCCUCCUUCCUGCCGCGGGGCCUCCGGCGCCUGCUUCUGCACCACAACCACAUUGAGCGCAUCCCCGGCUACGUGUUCGCACACAUGAAGCCGGGCCUGGAGUUCCUGCACCUGUCCUACAAUAGCCUGCGUGCCGACGGCAUCCACGACGUGUCCUUCUGGGGCCUGCGCACCUCCCUGGCGGAACUGCUCCUGGAUCACAACCAGCUGCAGGCCAUCCCGCGAGGCCUGCUGGGCCUCAAGGGGCUGCAGGUGCUGCGUCUGAGCCACAACAAGAUCAGACACGUGCCUCUGAAUUCCAUCUGUGACACUCGAGCGGCCCAGGACUCCAACCUCAUCUCCACGCGCCUGGAGAACAACUUCAUCGAUAGGCGCCGCAUCCCCCCCACCGCCUUUUCCUGCAUCCGGGCCUACCACAGUGUGGUCCUCCAGCCCCAGCAGGGGGAGGGGGAAAGCUCCUAGGCCCCCCUACUGGGCUUCCCUGCUCUCCUCCCUCUCCUUUGAGGCUGGUGAAGGGGGCUCAGGCCCAGGUCCACUUGAUCUUUGCACCACUUCAAGAAAGAUCUAGAACACCCUGAUUCUUCCCAUGGACUGCUGAGGCCCCUUCACUUAGUAACCAGCCUGGUGGGGUGCAGUGCUGGUUCGGACUUGAAUGUAAUAAAUGCAUCUUAUUCAA